AUGGUUUUUUUGUACCUCGUUUCCCCUUUUCCAGCAUUUCUUGAUGUUUCGUUUUCUUGAACCUCGCUUUGUUGGAUUUUGUUGUGUUUUCCCUGGUGGAUUUGUUUACCUUUGUUUAACCUUUGCCUGUCUCACUGCAGGCCUGUUUUAAUGGGUUGGUGUAUUGAUCUCCACUACCAGCAUCCAGCUGACUGAUUUAUGUACAACACUAGAGGCCGCCCGUGAGCCAUGGUACGCGAAUGACUCUGGGCGAACGUGAAUGAUGUCAUCAUAAGCUUCCCAUCAACAUGUAGUUUCGUAGUAAACGUGCGCGUAAAACGCUGCUAAAAGCCGGGAACCUCUGAUGAAAUGGUCAAUAGCUCUGAGGGCACGCGCGGAUCCCUCGCCGCCUCAGCUGAGUAGACGACCUCCUACCGACUUACUUCACGUCACCCCGCCCGUCUGCCUGCCGUCUCCUCCCUGAAACCUUUCCUACGACCAUCCCUUGGAGCGUCUCUGGGCUGUGCAAGCGAACACUGACUGAGAGAGACAGAGGUAGAAAGUGAGAGAGUCCAAAUCCAAGCAGACUCCAAACAUCACCUAGACUACCUGCUCCAGCACAACGAGGGGAGGAGGACGCACAAGUGCAGGCGCGUCCAUGCGUGCCAGCUGAGACAAUAAGCGGGUAGAGGACCACACAUCCAAAAUUGGAAUAAGAGUUCAUCUGGAGAACUCUUUGAAAGAAGACACCUUUGUGCUUCAAGAACAAGACAGCCUAAAUGAGUAAAUUGUGAGAAGAGUCAUGCAUCUCAACAGAGAAGAAGAUAACAGCAAAGGCUCAGUGUCCCUCAGUGUGUUCCUGGUGUCUGUUGCGGUCGUUGUGUGUGCCGUUUGGCUGGUAGCUCUAUGUGGAGUCUGCACCUGGUGCCAACGUAAACUGGGGAAGAGGAACAAACCCGGGGUGGAGGCUGCCAGCUCUCCAGAAUCUGUGAGAGGUCGAGGGGAAAAUAAAGCCAUCAAUGAUCUAGACAGAGACUUUUGGAAUAACAACGAUAGCAGCAACGUGCAACAGAGGUGGAGCUCCUACCCGCCCAAGGAGUUCCUCUUAAACAUGUCUCCUUAUGCACCGUAUGGAGACCCUCGCCUCACGCCCAAUGGGGCUGCAGAUAAGGGUGGGCAGGGUGGUGCUGGACCCUCGCCGGGGGCCAGCAGCAGCGGGGGUGGUGCUUGCUCUGGGACUGGGGCGGGGCCCAGUCGCAGUGACAGUGUUCGGAGCAUGGUGACGGGGGGCAGCAAGGCCGGGCGCUGGCAGAUGGUCCAGAGCCACAUGCAUGCCGGAGGCCUGCGAUUUGGCAAUUUUGGGGACGCCUCCCUCUCCUCUGCCUCCACUCUGGAGCAUAUCCCAUCCUCUGCAGUGGCUCGCCCUCGACCCCUGGUCCGGCAGCAGAGUCUCCAACAACCUCUCACCCACCAGCCCCCUCCAGGUCCUAAUGAUCCCCCAGUCACAUCACAGAGCCUGGGCCAGCUGCACACGGGCCCUGGUGGCGGUGGUCACCGUGGGGGUCCUCGCGGGGUUCGGGGGAGUCCAGCUGGAGCCUCCCGGUACAGAGGAACAGGGGCAGGCCGGUCGAGGUCAAAUCCUGGCAGCUGGGAUCACAUGGUAGAGCAGAUCCGUCACAGAGGGCUGGACGUCAAGUCCUUCUUUGAGGGGAAAAUGGUGGUUCUGUCUCUAGCGAUUGGGCUGGCUGAACAGGACGACUUCGCCAACCUGCCAGACCUACAGGAAGAUCCAGCAGGCAAAGAAAAUGAAACCACACCAGAAAAAAGGACUCCAGGUAACAAACCAGGCAGCAGCCCCAGAGGUCAGACCCCAGACGAGACCGGACGUCGCCACAACGGACACUCCUCUGUUGACUUGGCCAACUCAGUCACCAGCGACAUGCUCACGAUGUCUCCAGGUUCAGAGGAAGAUGAUCACGAGGGUCCGGUGUGUGAGAAGUUGGGUCGUAUUCAGUUCAGCGUUGGAUACAGUUUUCAGGACUCCACCCUCACCGUCAAAAUCCUCAAGGGCCAGGAUUUGCCUGCUAAGGACUUUUCUGGCACCUCUGAUCCGUUUGUCAAACUCUACCUACUGCCAGACAAGAAGCACAAACUGGAGACCAAAGUCAAGAGGAAGAACCUGAACCCUCACUGGAACGAGACCUUCCUGUUUGAAGGGUUCCCCUAUGAGAAGGUGGUGCAGAGGACUUUAUACCUGCAGGUCCUUGACUAUGACCGCUUCAGCAGGAACGACCCCAUAGGAGAGGUCUCCAUCCCCCUCAACAAACUGGACCUGGCCAACAUGCAGACUUUCUGGAAGGAGCUGAAACCAUGUAGCGAUGGCAGCGGGAGUCGGGGGGAUCUGCUGGUGUCUCUGUGCUACAAUCCAACAGCCAACACCAUCACUGUGAGCAUCAUCAAAGCCCGCAACCUCAAAGCCAUGGACAUCGGAGGCACUUCUGAUCCCUGUAAAGUGUGGUUGAUGCACAAGGACAAGCGUGUGGAGAAGAAGAAGACGGUGGUAAUGAAGCGCUGUCUCAACCCCGUCUUCAACGAGUCCUUCCCCUUUGACGUGCCUGCCCACGUGCUGAGGGAGACCACCAUAAUUAUCACCGUCAUGGACAAGGACAGGCUCAGUCGCAAUGAUGUCAUUGGAAAGAUUUAUCUUUCCUGGAAGAGUGGCCCUGCAGAAGUAAAACACUGGAAAGACAUGAUGGGUCGCCCUCGUAAUGCCGUGGCCCAGUGGCACGCUCUGAAGGCCUGAGGGACCAAGCAACCUUCCUGCCUACAGGCUUUCCCUCCCCAGAAUCCAGCAUCACUCUGCCCUCAGCACAUACCCCUUCUUCUCCCUAACUGCAGUCUUUGGCUGGAGAUAAUGUCUGUCAUCUCUUUGUUCUCAGGCCUCUUUGAUAUCCUCUGCCCUCAGUCCUUGUGACGCCAUCCUUACAUUUCACUCUUGUCAGGCUCUGAUUCCCACCUGACCCCCCCUUUCAUUCCUUAAAUGUCUUUGAUGUCGUCACUCAUUUCCUCCGUAUGCUCUUUUCCUUUUUUGUCUUUUUAAAGAUACCCCUCAGUCUGCCCUCCACCUUGUCAAACAUGCCUGGUAUUUAACAUGACCAGCACAUCUUGCCACCCAUAAAUACAAACUAUCAACCAAAAAUGGAUCAAGCUGAUAUUCCAGUGAUCCUCUGGGGCAGCAAGAUGGGCUGUGUUCAAACCUGUGCAACCAUUUUCAUCUGGUGUUGGUGAGGAAUUUCCCCCUCUGUUUCUUACCACUGUCUUCAACUCUUCUUACGGUACUGUCAUUAUUCUUCUACACCCUGAAAAAAUCUGGAAAUUCAACACAAGCUUAGGAAGAGAAAUAUGCUGUAUGUAAAAUGUAAUUGGACUGGAAUUGGCCUCCACUUCCACUCCUUACUCUCACUUUGGCACCACUGUAAUAAUUCUCCCCCGGCUGGAACCCUUUGUUGUCUGUGCGUGCUGUGGGUGAUGUGCCGUAACCCAAAAUGAAGUUAAAAAAAAGAAAAGAAAAUAGGAUAUGAACAUGAACAUUUAAAGCUGGUUCCACAGGUCAAGUGUGAAAAAAACCUUCCUACUAUUUGGAAAAAAAGAAAUCCCAGUCGACAGGGGGAAAAAAAGAAUACAAUUAAUGUUUUUGUUGUUUUGUAUUGAUUUUUUCUUUCCAAAAGAAAAUAGAGAAUCACCCUGUUCUUCCAGGCACAUAAAAUAAGCAAAAAGCCAGCUUCUAGAAGUGUGGCGGUGUGGGAUUUUGAAUGUGUUUGUGUGAAUGAGGCAGUGUUGUGGACUUGAACAGAUACAUUUGAGAUAUUGUAGAAAACAGCAUUUCCCUUGAUCAUUUAACAUGAAGGUAUUGUUAAAAUGUGUGGUGUUGCAGUUAGUUGAAGACCUGGGGAGGUCACUAUUAGGUUUCAGGGUCGGUUCACUCAAAUUAAAGACGCACACACACACACACACAGUAUUGUCUAUUGACUGUUGGUGGUAUAAAGGCGGGCUGAUGGCAUUUGCUGUAUUUAACUGGGGUUUUGCCCCUGAAUUGCUGCUGCCAUAUUCAAAUGCAAAGCAGAUCAAUAGGAUUUCAUUGUGGUGCUAACAGUGUUUGAAAUGGCUUUAGUGAAAAAUGUAACAGUGGCUUGUCUUUCCAGAAAAAAAAUCGGUGUUAAUCAGCUAAUUGAAAAACACCUCGGUGAAAGGGUUUUCAUUGUGACUGGAGAAAAACAUUCGACAACGAAAUCUGGCCUCAGCAACAACACUUAUUCAAGCUUUAUAUUAAAUGUUCUUUUGUCACUAUUAAGAGGUUGGACAGGUUGAAGUAGCACACCGGAAACUAAAACAGAUUUUUAUUUCAUGAUGCUGCCAGGGGCAUUUUAUUUUAACAACACGUUAAAAAGGCUGCAUUAAAGGUCCCUUUACUGGCUUUUUUUUUUUUUAAAUCUCAGAAAAAAUGGUUUACACAGCUGAAUGUUAUAUCAUUAUGUGGUAAACAUCAAUGAUGGGGCAAUAAAAUAGGCCCUAGGCUGCAGAAGAUUAAUAAGAAAUAAUGAAACAAAACAGCACUGCCAAUGAUAUUUUUUGUCAGGUGUCAAAUGUAAUUGAUCUGAAAAU